AUGAUCGACGUCGAAGGUAAGAGGUCGUUCACCUCUCGGAACAUCAAGGACGAGGACGGCAAGGUCCUUCGGGACCCCACGUUUAUUCGCCAACGGUGGGCACGGUGGUUCCACAAGCUUUUCAACACUAAGUCGCCGACCAUCGACCUGCAUGCGGCUGACAAGAUCAAGCGGUGGCCCACGUGCGUGCCACUCGACGACAUCCCAUCUCUACUUGAGGUUGAGGAAGCGGUACGGGAAAUGGCCAACAGAAAGGCCGUCGGGCCGGACGACCUACCGGCUGAGCUGAUCAAGCUUUUCCUGGACGGAGAUCAAGGUCUCCUCCGCGAAUUCCACGCCAUUGUCGUGGACGUGUGGCUGGCUGGGGACGUACCACAGCAGUGGAAGGAUGCCACCAUCAAAGUGCUGUUCAAGAAGGGGGACACGAUGGAGUGCGGCAACUACCGGGGCAUCUCUCUCGUCGCACACGCCGGCAAGGUGCUGCUUGAGGUCGCCGCUAUACGACUGAGCCACUACUGCGAGCGAGAGGGCAUCCUCCCGGAGGAGCAGAGCGGUUUCCGCCCACACCGGUCGACGCUCGACAUGCUGUUCGCC